GCAGGCAGUGUGCGUGUGCUGUGGGAGGAGCUAAAGUUUGGAUGCUUGAAAGCGACCAGCCUUUAGUUUGUAGUAGAGGAGGCUCGUCUUCACACGCACUGAGGAUGGACCUCGCCUCACGGACGAGUUAAUGGACUCAAUAACCUACGCUUUAAAGCGCACUUUACUGCGGAUUUAGAAGAUACAUCGAUCCAUUUUUCGACAGUUGUUCCGGUGACCGUGAAGAUUUCAGCUGUAACCGAGGUCUUUACACUGCAGCUCGUGGAUGAUCCAAGAUGACUUUAACUAAGUGGAGUCUGGUUGGAGCUUAGCACUGAUCAACCGCAGAGCACUAUGAGAAGAUGAAAUCCAGCAGCCUUUAAUCCAGAAAGGAUUCCCCUUCUCUAGACUAAGAGGCUACAAACUGUAUGUAAAGACCACUGGGAAUACAAGACUCGAAUCAAGGACACGAUCCACCCCCCUUUGACUUGCAGGAAGAUGGGAGUGAGAAAAUAACCCUCUGUGGCAUCAAUAGGAGUUUAAUGUGUUCCAAGGAAUCUUAAAACAAACCUUGUACAUCCGUGUUCAUCUUAGACAAGCAGGCAACCAUGUGGACAUUAACUGGGACUGUCCAAUGUCUUCCUGCUGCUGCACUGCUAUUGGCUAGCUUUCUCCAGUCAGUGAUUGCCACUGAGGAAGAUGUCAUACCUCGCAUCAGUUUCCCAUACAAUGCGAAGGAAAGAUCAGCUAAGAGGUUCUCGGUAAACGGCGUCUUUAAUUACACCUCUCUGCUGCUCAGCCAGGAAGACGACAUGCUGUAUGUGGGAGCCAGGGAGGCACUGUUCGCCCUCAGCCUCUCAGACAUCAGCAAAAUCAAGCUGCAGAAGAACCUGACAUGGGGCACUCCUGCUGGAAAAAGAGACGAGUGUAGCUUCAAAGGGAAGAACCUGGAGACUGAUUGCUUCAAUUACGUCAAAAUUCUUCUGCGGCUGAAUAGCACUCAUCUCUAUGUGUGUGGCACCUAUGCCUUCAGUCCUGUCUGCGCCUACAUAAAUACGUCAACAUUCACACUGGAGAGAGAUGAAGAGGGCGAGGUCAUGAUGGAAGAUGGGCGCAGUCGCUGCCCCUUUAAUCCAGAGUAUAAAUCAACUGCCAUCAUUGUUGAUGGUGAAUUAUAUACUGGUACUGUUAGUAACUUUCAAGGGAAUGAACCAGUCAUUUACAAGAGUUUGGGUCAGGGAACUGCUCUGAAGACAGAGAAUUCCUUAAAAUGGCUGCAAGAUCCCGUCUUUGUUGGGUCAGCUUACAUCGAGGAGAGUCAGCCUAUAGGCAACUCUGUGGGCGACGACGACAAGAUUUACUUCUUCUUUAGUGAGGCGGGAAAAGAAUUUGACUUCUUUGACAACACCAUAGUGUCGAGGAUUGCUCGCGUGUGUAAGGGUGAUAAAGGGGGUGAGCGAGUCCUGCAAAAAAAGUGGACUACCUUCCUGAAGGCUCAGCUCCUGUGUUCCCUCCCCGAUGACGGCUUCCCCUUCAACAUUAUCCAAGACAUGUUUGUCCUGAAGCCCACGGGAGACAGCUGGGAGAGCACAGUGUUCUACGGCGUCUUCACUUCUCAGUGGUAUAAAGGCGCCUCGGGAAGCUCCGCGGUCUGUGCCUUCACUAUGGAGCAGGUGAAAAAAGCCUUCAGCGGGCGCUACAGAGAGGUUAACAGGGAGACACAGCAGUGGUACACCUACAACCACCCUGUACCAGAACCACGGCCUGGGGCGUGCGUGACCAACCACGCCAGGCAAAUGGGAAUCCAGUCAUCCUUGCACAUGCCUGAUAAAGUGCUCAACUUUGUCAAGGACCAUUUCCUGAUGGACAGCGCGAUCCGCAGCACGCCACUGCUGCUCAAACGCAGCGUACGCUACACUCAGAUCGCUGUGCACAAGAUCCAGGGCAUGGAGAGAGCUUAUGAUGUGCUCUUUAUUGGCACAGAUGAUGGAAAACUCCAUAAGGCCAUCAAUGCCAAUGACAAGAUGCACAUUAUAGAGGAGAUGAUUCUGUUCGCUGAGCCGCAGCCAGUGCAGCACAUUGAGCUUGAUCCUCAAAGGGGUCUCUUGUUUGUGUCAUCUUACUCUGGCCUGGUGGAGGUUCCUGUAGCUAACUGCUCCAACUACCUGAGCUGUGGUGAGUGUGUGCUGUCCAGAGACCCUUACUGCGCCUGGACCGGACAACUGUGCCAGGAUGUCAGGAUGGCUCCACCUGACAGCCACUGGCAGCAGGACGUGGAGGAGGCUGACACAUCAGCUAUUUGCAACAGGACUCUUCCUAACCCCACAUCUGCCAGACCAGUAGCUUCUCGUGGCUCCCCUUGUCAGCUCAUUACCAUCCCAGCCAACACAUUUAGAGUCCUGCCAUGUAAGCUGCGGUCCAACCUGGCACAGAGGAGGUGGCGUUACAGUGAUAGCGCCAGCCAGUUCCUCUAUGCUACCCCCGAGGGAAACCUGGUAGUUGUGGCUCAGUCUGAAAGGAUUGAGACCUAUCAGUGCUGGUCAGAAGAGGAGGGCUUCCACCAGCUGUUGGCCAACUACUGUGUGAGGGCAGAACCACGCCAGGAGAGUACCACUCUGAUUGGUCACUCCCGCACGCCUCACAUCACGCGCGAGGAGACCAUCAUCCUGCCUGGCGAGUCUCGCUCUGAGCAGGUCCAUACGAAGACGUACUGGAACGAGCUGAUUGUGGUGUGCGCUCUGUUGGCCUUCUCCCUCGUGGUGUUCUCCUUGUUCGUCAUCUACAGGAACCGUGACCACAUGAAGUCCAUGCUGAAGCAGGGCGAGUGCCCUAACAUGCAGCAGAAGAAGCCACGGAUAGUUGGAAAGCCCACAGAGAGUUUACCGCUCAACGGUAACACAAUCCCCGUUUCUACUUCAGAUCACAAGGGCUACCAGACGUUAAACGACAACUACAUCUGCAGCACGCCGACACACGAGUCCUCGCCAGAUAACAGCAAGAGCUUCUCCGAGGCCUCCGACAGGCGGCCGCUUAACCUGAAAGAGAGCCACGUGGAAUACUCCCCAACCUGCCCUCGGCCCAGAGUGAGGUUAGGCUCUGAGAUCAAAGACUCCAUCGUCUGAGAGCACAGCAUUCAUUAAGCGACGACACCCUGUAUCUUCACGAGGGAUACAGGCCACCGAGCAAAGGAGAGGAGACCCAGACAUCCUCCUAUAUCACAGCACAUCUUUUAUUUUUGUCAUCUUAGUUCUGUGAUCAGUGUGGAGGUCAUUUUGUUUAGUCAUUUCCACUCCGAAGCCAGAGGUCGGUCCGGUUUGCUGUGUAAGGCAGAAAAAAAUGAAGCAGCACAAUACUCCAGUUUGAGCCAGGAUCAGGAACCAUGGCAGCUGCUAAGAAUAAUCCUCACACAUUACUUUUUUCUUUCUUGGAGUCAUUCUCAUGGCCACUAACACCAUAUGUGGGUGAGCAUAAGGCUGGGCAAUAUGGGGAUUAAAAAAAAAAUAAAAUAAAAAGAUAAACAGAAGACCUUUUAGUUCCAAUGUUUAUCACACUGUCUUUUUAGGUAUGCAACAAUAAAAAGUUGUCUAGUCUAGAUAUACAUCAUAUACUAUUACAACCACAGACAGCGAAUUUAAAAAUAUUUAUAUUUUACCCAGCCCUGUUUGAGUAAUCUUGCACAUUCUCUGCAGAGUGUGGCAGCCACACGUCUGUUAUUAUGCACACUAGAGCCAAGCUACAGCUACAUGGUGACCAAGAGUUCAGGUUUAGAAGUAUUAUAGUACAUGAAAUGCAUAUUCAUUAAGAUCCACGGAUUAUGGACACAAGUCAUAAACACAUUCGUCCCCAUUCGCUGAAUAAACGUCAUGACUGUAUGAGGAUAAAUAAGAUGAAAGCUGAAGCGGAGGAGGAGAAUACGCCACACCACUGUCUCAAUGAAAAAGGACUGCAACGUUAAGAUGAUAGAAUAUGUGUAAUUAUAUAUGAUGCUACGCCUAUAUGCUGACGUUUACCUCCUGAAUGUAUGUUGUCGUCGAGAGAAAGUCUGUUUCACUCAAACAAAACUGCACCACAGAUGAUUUAGAGAGACGGUUGCAUUUUCGCUCAUCUGAGUCAGCCCUGCUCUUGAGUGUUGACCUGCAGAUUCCAUGAUGGGUUUCUAAAUGGACUUAAAAACAGCUGCCCCCUUUUUUUAUGUGCGUGUGCGUAUUUGUUUGUUUUGUUUUAAUGGAACUGAAAUUCCAAGUGCAGAGAGGCAAAGGAACAAAAAGAAAUGGGGACAGCUUCACCUCCACCAUAUUUGGGGCAGCACCAAAAUCAUCGUUGUGCACUGUGCCAAAAAAAGCUAAACAAAAAUAACUUGUCUUAUCUAAAUGCAAUAGUGCCAUUCUCACAUGCCCAUCUCAUGCUUUGUGUUAGCAUUGAUCACUGUCAAAGAGCACAUGAUGACGGACCCAGGGAAUGGGUUUCGCUAAAAGUAUUGUGGCACUAAUAAUAAAUAAAUGUAAAGUGCAAGGUUGGGGAUUUCUAAGACUGUUAGCUCAUAGCAGACUUUACGGACUGUGUUGGGCAAAAUAAUUGUUGUAAAUUUUAAACCGGGGCCAAAUGUUUUACAUGGCGAUUACGUGCCAUGUGGUUGUCAGGUGUGAAAAUAUUCCAGUUUUCCUUCUGCCAUCUCACCGAGACACAUCUGAGACGGUUGAGCUCAGCUUGUCUACUUUAAGUGCUAAUCAAGCCACUCGAAGUGUAAAACUUACAGAAUAAGUAAUAACUAAUGCUGCUGUAGGGGAAAGGAAAUGUUGCGAGUUCUCUUGUCCAGACUACAGCUGUAUGAUAUCAUGGCAUAGAUACACAGACCUUUUGUAUUAGCUCAGUUUGACCCCGCCCCCACCAGGUUACAG